AUGGAUUCCGGCUCCCGUAAGAUCUAUCAUGUACAUGGAUUUGAUUCCAGACAACUCCUAGAGCAUUAUUUUUCAGGUAAUACUGAAAAUGGCUUUCUAGAGGAUUCCCUGUUAUUUCCCAUUGAAAAUCUUACAAAGAUUUUUACAGACGGUCAUAUUAAAGGAGAUGUCCUGAUUGACCUCAGCACUGGUUCCUUUGUUCAUCAUCUCCAUGCAGCCUGUGAGUUUUUCAAACACAUCAUAGUCCUGAAGGUCCAAGACAGAUGCAUCCUGGAGCUGAAGAGAUGGCUGGACACACGGACAGGAGCAUUCGAUUGGGGACAUGCCACAAAACUUCAUGUAGAAAUAGAAGGAAGCAGUGAACAGUUAGAGGACAAAGAAGGAAAAGUGAGAUCGGCCGUUCAACAUGUUAUGAAAUGUGACCUUGAGAAAGAAAAUAUGACAGAUCCGAUAGUCUUACCACCAGCAGAUUGUAUCAUCAGCGCUUGGCUCCUAGAUGAUAUCAGCAAAAACAAAGAUGAUUUCAUCAGAUAUCUCAGGAAGAUCUCAGGGUUGUUGAAACCUCAAGGACAUCUUAUUUUUAUUGGGUCUUUAGAUAUGACAUAUUUCACAGUCGGGAAAGACAAGCUACAUGUUCUCACAUAUGAUGAGGAUUUUGUCAGGAAAGCUCUAGUUGGAGAAGGUUUUGCUAUUGACUACUGUAAGAUUAAGAAGAGAACAGCCGUGAGUGACCUUACUGACCAUAAGGCCCUCAUUUUCAUUGCAGCUCACAAGGAGCAGUAG